GGUGGGCAGUAAGAGAAGGAAGAGGGUGGUGAACCAUAAGGGUGAUUAAAAAAAAAAUGCUUGGGGUGGAAUGUCAAGACUUCACUGGGUCCAGUGCUAUAUGUCAAUAGCUCUCAGAUUUCAUUGCGGGAUUCCCAGAGGCAGUACAGAAAAAGCAUAAGCUGUGACCAUGACUACUGAAGUAGGCUCUGCAUCUGAAGUGAAGGACUCUGACCAGUUAGGAGCAGAUACAACCAAGGGGAAACCUAACGAAGUAGCAGAGAAUCAGCAGAAUCAGUCUGAUCCAGAGGAAGAGAAAGGUUCCCAGCCACCUCCUACCACUGAAAGCCAAAGUAGUCCACGCCGCCAGAAGAGAGAGAAGGAUCCAUCUGAGAGCAGGGGUAUUUCUCGAUUCAUACCCCCAUGGCUUAAGAAACAGAAGUCAUAUAAUUUGGUAGUGCCCAAAGAUGGAGGAGAUAAAAAGGAGCCUACCCAAGCCGUCGUGGAAGAACAGAUCUUGGAUAAAGAGGAGCCCCUUCUGGUAGAAGAGAGACAAGCCAAGGGUGAUGCUGAAGAAGCAGCUCAGAGAAAACACCAGGAACUAAAGGUUGAGGUCAAGGAGGAAAAGCCUUCAGUGAGCACUGCUGAUAGACAGCCUGCUGAAGAAAGUAAGGAGAGAGAAGAGAAGAUAAAGGAAAUACAGGAAGACAAAUCAGAAGAAGCAGCAAAUAGGGAGACAAAGGAAGUGCAGACCAAUGAGCUAAAAACUGCUCAAAAAGCCACCAAGAAGACCAAAACUGUCCAGUGUAAAGUGACCCUCCUAGACGGCACUGAGUAUAGCUGUGACCUGGAGAAACGUGCUAAGGGACAAGUGUUAUUUGACAAAGUGUGUGAACACCUCAAUCUUUUGGAGAAGGACUACUUUGGACUUUUGUUCCAGGAAAACCCUGAGCAGAAAAACUGGCUAGAUCCCGCAAAAGAAAUAAAGAGACAACUGAGAAGUCUUCCAUGGCUGUUCACUUUCAAUGUGAAGUUUUAUCCUCCUGAUCCUUCUCAAUUAACUGAAGAUAUCACCAGAUACUUUCUGUGCCUUCAGCUCCGGCAAGACAUUGCCUCUGGCCGUCUGCCCUGUUCUUUUGUAACUCAUGCCUUCUUGGGAUCCUACACGCUGCAGGCUGAACUUGGAGACUAUGACCCAGAAGAGCAUGGCAGCAUUGACCUCAGUGACUUCCAGUUCGCCCCUACACAGACUAGGGAGCUGGAAGAGAAGGUGGCAGAGCUACAUAAAACCCACAGGGGCUUAUCGCCGGCACAAGCAGAUUCUCAGUUCUUAGAAAAUGCAAAGAGGCUUUCCAUGUAUGGUGUUGACCUGCAUCAUGCCAAGGACUCGGAAGGUGUGGACAUCAAGCUUGGCGUGUGUGCUAAUGGGCUCCUCAUUUACAAAGACAGACUGAGAAUCAACCGUUUUGCUUGGCCUAAAAUCUUGAAAAUUUCCUAUAAGCGCAGUAACUUCUACAUUAAAGUCAGGCCUGCAGAGUUGGAACAGUUUGAGAGCACCAUUGGGUUCAAACUGCCAAACCAUCGGGCUGCAAAAAGGCUAUGGAAAGUGUGCGUGGAGCAUCAUACUUUCUACAGGCUCGUGUCUCCAGAGCAGCCACCAAAGGCCAAGUUCCUGACCCUGGGGUCCAAAUUCCGCUACAGCGGCCGUACCCAAGCACAGACCCGCCAGGCAAGCACCCUCAUAGACAGGCCAGCUCCACACUUUGACCGCACUUCUAGUAAACGGGUCUCCAGGAGUCUAGAUGGAGCUCCAAUUGGUGUUGUGGACCCAAGUCUUAUGAAGGCUUUUGCUGGCGCUGCAGGAGAGGUUUCCGCAUAUGGCCCUGGAGCUGUCAGCACAGCCAUUGUACAGGACGGAGAUGGCAGGAGGGAAGUCAGAAGCCCAACUAAAGCCCCACAUUUGCAACUCAUUGAAGGAAAGAAAAAUUCCUUGAGAGUAGAAGGGGAUAAUAUAUAUGUCAGACAUAGCAAUUUAAUGUUGGAGGACCUGGAUAAGGCCCAGGAGGAAAUACUGAAACAUCAGGCUAGCAUUAGUGAACUCAAGCGCAAUUUUAUGGAAUCCACACCUGAGCCGCGCCCUAAUGAAUGGGAAAAACGACGUAUCACACCUCUGUCUCUACAGACACAAGGGAGAAAAGGAGACCAUCUUUUCAAGGAUAUUUUAUCCAUGAAGGAGAAGUACCUGAUGGCAGCAACACGGACAGUUGAAGAGAAAGCUCAGCAGGAGGACAAGAGCCUAGAAGAGGAGAUAACAUCAAUUUUGUUUAGUGCAAAGGGCUUUUCUGAUAGCAUGAAAACCACCUUCGCUUCAGCCACCACUUGGACAGCAGAGGGCACUGUUGUGAACUCUGAUGCACCUUCUGAAAAGCAUUCUUCCUGGCCCUUCUCACACUUGCCUGAGACACGUGCUCCUGAGUCAGAAGGGCCUUGCACUGGAGCCAGGGAUGCUGUUAAGAGUUCACAUGAGACUCUGAAUGUAGUGGAGGAGAAGAAGCGGGCAGAGGUUGGGAAAGACGAAAGAGUAAUCGCGGAAGAAAUGAAUGGUAAAGAGCUAUCACCUGGGAGUGGUCCUGGGGAGAUGCGUAAGGUGGAGCCUGUGACACAAAAAGACUCCACCUCCCUGUCUUCUGAGAGCAGCAGCAGCAGCGAAAGUGAGGAGGAAGAUGUGGGGGAGUACCGGCCCCACCACCGUGUGACCCCGGGCACCAUAAGGGAAGAGCAGGAGGAGGAUGGAGAAGAAAUGGAGCAAGAGCUUGGCCGAGCCACCAAGGUAGUAGAGAGGGAGGCCGCAGAGCCAGAAGCCAGCCCAGGCAAACAAGCAGGUGCCAGUGUAAUCCCAGUAGAAACACAGAUCCAGGAACACAUAGUUGUCCAAAAGAUAACUGGAGAGAAGAGUGUAAACGAAGGCAUUGUUAAGCAAGACAUGGGAGAAGAAGCCGAGGAGGAGCAACAUAAAGUUAACGGAGAGGUGUCUCAUGUUGACAUUGAUGUUUUGCCACAAAUUAUUUGUUGUUCCGAGCCACCAGUUGUAAAAACAGAGAUGGUAACAAUUUCUGAUGCCUCACAAAGGACAGAAAUCUCCACCAAGGAAGUCCCCAUUGUCCAAACUGAGACCAAAACCAUCACAUAUGAGUCUCCACAGAUUGAUGGCGGGGCUGGUGGUGAUUCGGGCACGUUACUGACUGCACAAACCAUCACAUCCGAGUCCGUGUCAACAACGACAACCACACACAUCACCAAGACUGUAAAAGGCGGAAUCUCUGAAACAAGAAUUGAGAAGCGCAUUGUAAUCACAGGAGAUGCAGAUAUUGAUCAUGAUCAGGCACUGGCGCAGGCCAUCAGGGAAGCCAGGGAGCAGCAUCCUGACAUGUCGGUCACAAGAGUGGUGGUGCACAAAGAGACAGACCUGACGGAGGAAGGCGAAGAGUAAGGACGAAAGUGGUUUUUUUUAAGCAACAUUCAACUUUGUGAACCUGAAGAAUUUCGACCAUUCCAA